UUGUUUCGGAUAUAAAUAAUACGAAAUGAGAGCGUUAAUAUUUAGAAAAAAACAAAAAGUGUAUAAUAAUAAUAAUCUGCUGCUCACCCCUACAGUCGGUAGGAAGAUCUUGUAGUGUUGUUACAUCAGGUCUUUGUCAGUAUUAUCAAAGCUGGGAAGGGAGUGAAACGCUUGGAGGACCAUGAGUGAGCUGGAGCAGUUGCGGCAAGAGGCAGAGCAGCUGCGCAAUCAAAUCAGAGAUGCCAGGAAAGCAUGCAACGACUCCAGCUUGUCCCAGAUUACAGCUGGUCUGGAUUCAGUUGGAAGGAUCCAGAUGAGAACGAGGCGGACGCUCCGAGGCCAUUUAGCCAAAAUCUACGCCAUGCAAUGGGCUACUGAUUCUAGGUUACUAGUUAGUGCCUCACAAGAUGGCAAACUCAUCAUUUGGGACAGCUACUCCACAAACAAGAUUCAUGCCAUUCCAUUAAGGUCAUCAUGGGUGAUGACUUGUGCCUACGCUCCCUCAGGGAGUUAUGCAGCCUGCGGAGGCCUGGACAACAUGUGUUCCAUCUACAGCCUUAAAACCCGUGAGGGCAAUGUCAGAGUCACCAGAGAACUUUCUGGACACACAGGUUAUUUGUCAUGUUGUCGCUUUCUGGAUGAUAGUCAGGUAGUCACCAGCUCUGGAGAUACUACAUGUGCUCUGUGGGACAUUGAGACCGGUCAGCAGACCACCACAUUUACAGGGCACAGUGGAGAUGUGAUGAGCCUGUCCCUUAGUCCAGACUCUAGGACCUUUGUGUCAGGUGCCUGUGAUGCAUCCUCCAAAUUGUGGGACAUCCGAGACGGAAUGUGCAGACAGUCUUUCACCGGACAUGUUUCUGAUAUAAAUGCUGUCAUUUUCUUCCCAAAUGGUAAUGCGUUCACUACGGGCUCGGACGACGCCACUUGUCGUUUGUUUGACCUCCGCGCAGACCAGGAACUGAUGAUGUAUUCGCAUGACAACAUUAACUGUGGCAUCACCUCUGUGGCCUUCUCUAAGAGUGGCCGCCUGCUGCUCGCUGGCUACGAUGACUUCAACUGCAAUGUAUGGGAUACUCUAAAGGGAGAGCGUGCAGGGGUUCUAGCUGGGCAUGACAACAGGGUCAGCUGUUUGGGGAUAUCAAGUGACGGCAUGGCUGUGGCCACCGGUUCUUGGGACAGCUUCGUUAGGAUAUGGAACUGACCUCGCUGGGUUGUACUUUUGGAGCCACUCUUUCUGAUCAUACAAUCACUGUAGUGCACCGCUGACACACAGGGCCCUUCCCUCUCCAUCUCCUCUUUAUAGAAGACCUAGUUUCUUCAUCAUCUUUUCUUUCUUAGACCGUAUUUUCCCACCAUCCUGCAAGAGGUGAGGACCAACAUUGAAGAGCCUUCCCUGGCUCUCUAUCUUUUGGGGUUCACGUAUGACUCAAGGUGGGGGACAGGCUUUGUUGUGUAUAUAUCAGCCAUUCUUUGUGCUUGUAUGUAUAACAUAUGCACUUCUGACAGUGUUUGGGUGUCCUGGUGUGUGGAUACUUGUGAUGGAUGUCUUGACUUUCCCCGUUUUCUUUUCCUGCUUAUUUUUUAUUUUCUUUGUCCCCUGUCACAGUGAUAUUUGCCACACAGUGGCCAGUGUUAUUAACUAAUGGAUUAGACUGCCACAGUAUUGUAGGCCAUCAGUGUUUGACCGUUGACCUUAAUUUAGUUCGCAUCAGUGUUGAGUCUGUUGUGUCAUAAAUGGUUCAGGCUCAGCUUGGUAGCGUGUAGUUGUGAGAGAAACACUGAUGUCACUGAGCUUGUUUGCUAUCCUCUAAGCUUGACAGUAAUGUUUGGCGUGUUUCAGUGUUUUAAAAACUGUAUUGCAAACUGCAUAGAAUGAUUUACCAUCA